AUGAUGGCAUCAAAUAAGAUUAAAGUUGAUAAUUAUGUAGUCGAGAUGGAUGGUGAUGAAAUGACAAGAGUCAUUUGGAAGAUGAUCAAGGAUAAAUUGAUCUUCCCAUUCUUGGAUCUCAAGAUUGAUUACUAUGAUUUGGGUAUGGAGCAUAGAGAUGCAACUGACGACCAAGUUACCAUCGAUUGUGCCAACGCCAUUUUGAAGCACAACGUCGGUAUCAAGUGUGCCACUAUCACACCGGACGAGAACCGUGUCACUGAGUUCAACUUGAAGCAAAUGUGGAAGAGUCCAAACGGUACCAUCAGAAACAUCCUCGGAGGUACUGUCUUCCGUGAGCCAAUCAUCAUCCAAAACGUUCCACGUCUCGUUCCAGGUUGGAAGAAGUCGAUCGUCAUCGGUCGUCAUGCCCACGGUGACCAGUACAAGGCCACCGAUUUCGUUGUCAAGGGUGCCGGUAAGUUGGAGAUGACCUUCACACCUGCCGACGGUUCCGCCGCUCAAAAGUUCACUGUAUUUGACUUUAAGGAGGGUGGUGUCGCCAUGGGAAUGUACAACACCGACGAGUCGAUCGUCGGAUUCGCCCAGUCAUGCUUUGAGUUUGCUCUCGACAAGAAGUGGCCAUUGUACUUGUCUACAAAGAACACCAUCUUGAAGAAGUACGACGGUCGUUUCAAGGAUAUCUUCCAAGAUAUCUACAACAAAGAGUACAAGGCUAAAUACCAAGCUGCCGGUAUCUGGUACGAACAUCGUUUGAUCGACGACAUGGUUGCCUACGCCAUGAAGAGCGAGGGUGGUUUCGUUUGGGCUUGCAAGAACUACGAUGGUGAUGUUCAAUCCGAUUCAGUUGCCCAAGGUUAUGGUUCACUUGGUUUGAUGACAUCUGUUCUCCUCUGUCCAGACGGAAAGACUGUGGAAGCUGAAGCUGCCCACGGUACCGUCACUCGUCACUACCGUGAUCACCAAGCCGGUAAGGAAACCUCUACCAAUCCAAUCGCCUCCAUCUUUGCCUGGACUCGUGGUUUGGCUCACCGUGCCAAGUUGGAUAACAAUCAACGUCUUGCCAAGUUCUGUGCUGAUCUCGAAGCUUCCUGUAUCGAAGCCGUCGAGCAAGGUAAAAUGACUAAAGAUUUGGCUCUCUGUAUAAAAGGUUCUUUGGAUAAUGUUAAACGUUCUGACUAUUCAAAUACUAUUGAAUAUAUCGAUGCUGUUGCUGAUAUCCUCCAAAAGAAAUUAAACUUUGGUGGACAACUUCAUGUUCGAAUUGAUGACCAUGGUGACCGUGGUGGAUGUGUACAACAUGACCGUUGUGGAGAACGGCAGCUGAGUGUCCGUGGUGUUUCUUGUGUUCAUAUUCCUUGUGAGCAUCAUGUUCAUGAUGAUGGGUGCUGUGGUGCAAGUGACCGUCGUGAUGCCAAUAAGUUACGUAGUGGUGAGUCUAGUUAUAGUAAUAUGUUAGAAAAUCAUUCUUUAUAUUUAAAAGAACAAAAUGAAAUCUUGAGUUUUGCAAAAAAAUCAAAAAUUGUCUAA